AUGAUUAUAUUUGGAAUGGUGUUUCGUUUGCUUGCUUUUCUGAGUAUUUUUGUCAGUGAAGCUGUGCAUGUUAGUGCCACACAACUAUGCAUGGAGAUACCGCCAAGCAGAACCGAUUCGCAAGAACUAAUGACUGAACUAAACAUGCUACAUCAACACCUAUAUUCCAUGGAUGCAUCUAAGAGUAAGAACCAGAAUGAAAUCCAACUAUUGAAUGACAAAAUCGACAAGGUUGUCAAUGAUUAUCUGAUAAGUAAUAGUUGCUUACGUUAUUAUUUUAAAGAAUAUAUAUCAUUUGAAGAGGUUGAAAAUAGUCUACUUUUAAACAAUGGGAUAGUUGUAUCAUUACGCUUAAAACUUGACGAUUACCACAUUGACCAAAGAAAACAAAAGCUUAAUUUGAAUAUUAUCGAUCCAAUGGCCAAUACAUUGAGGAGGAUCAACAGCAUUGAAGAAACAGAACUAAGGUUUUUAUUUGAUUAUCCAAUUGAGGAGAAGACACGAGAUUAUUUCAAUGAGCAAUAUUUCGAUGUAUGUUUGGAAAAUAUCAAAUACGAUAAAUCAUGGAGUUCGACUAUAUCAAUAAUCAAUGGAGAACUUGAACUCAUUUUCGGUAUGAACUCAAUUAAUAAAAAAUACGCUGAAUCGACAGAGAAAGUCAACUCCAUCUUUGAACAGCUCCAACUAAUUGACAGUGAGUUAGACUUAGUUUAUAAACAACUUGUACAUAACCUCAGAACAAGUGAACCACUGUUAAGAGAUAAAAAUGAGGAUACAUUAACAAAAUCACUGAUUUGGUUUAUUGUGAUAUUUGUUAUCUAUUUAAUUGUCAAUUUUAUACAAAUUUCAUGGUUGAUCAAAUACCUGAAAAACAAAAAUCUUAUUUGA